GUUUGAGAUGUGAUGUGAUGAUUCUUGAAUCUUGAGAUCAAUUUUUCAUACCAUUUAUUUUACUUUUACUUGAUUGAUAUUCGGGACUAAACGAAACCAUACAGAAGAUGUGAAGUUGGUUCUUGUUACCAACCAGCAGAACAUAUACCAAAUGACUGAUCUAAGUCGGAUUCCUAGUCUUCUUCCUUGAGUAAAUGAAGAAGAUGUCCUUUUGAUUGGAUCUCUCCUCCAAUCUAUUCUACAAAUCAGAAAUCAUACAAAUGAAUGUGGAUAUGGUACCACUUCACCACUCUAUGGCCAUCUCACUCCACCCCAAAAUCCAAGAACCAUUUCAAUUCCAAAUCAUCGCCAAUCCCCCUAACGAAUCCUCCUUUCCCUUUUUCGCACCUGCAUCACUUCCCUACCGCUACAAACGUGCGCGACCCCUCUCAGACGUCGAUGGUAAGGGGAAUUCCGUUGAGGAAGGUCGGAAGAAAAGAAGGUUGCGUCUUCAUCUUAUUACAUCGCGAUUAAGUCGGCCUUUUUCUGUGCCUGCUACUAACAUAAAUAUUGCAUAUCGAGGUGGUUGUGCAAAGAAUUUUGUGUUAGGAGGGAAAAGGAAAUUCGGUGAACAUGGAGGGAAGAAAGAGUUUGGGAUUGGGAGUGGAAAGAAUAUGUUGAGGAAAAUUGCAAUAUUGAAUCGGGUUAGGUUGCAAAUGCAAAUGCAGAUGCAGAUGCAGUUACAUGGCGCAGAGGAAGUUCUAUGUGUUUGUCGCUGGAGUCGGAGUGGAAGUGAGAGUAAGCGGAAGGAGGAGAGAUUAGGAUUGGAUGUGGGCAUACAUUUGAAAGAGAUCGUGAAGGUGACAGAGAAACAAAACAAAAGGUGGAAUGAAUUUGUGUUGCCGCCGAGUCCGCUUGGAAGAUCGAACUACGAUGUUCUAGACUCUGAAGAUGAUAUGUUUAUGGAUGAAUUGGAGGAUGGAUGUGAGAAGGAAAUCUAUAGUGAUUUCAAUGUCAUGCGUCCCACCGGCGAGGGAGAUGAUUAUGAGUAUAUGGAUACACUUGAUGGUCUUUCACCGGAGGAUAUGCAGGAGCAGCCGCCGAGUCCGCCGGAGGGAGAGAAGGUUAUGGAGAUUUUUAAGGAGCAGAGAUUGCAUGACAGCUAUUUUCUAUGUCUUGAGAGUUCGUGAAUGAGAUUGCUGGUGGUUACGACAUGCAAUGAAGAGAAAAAUGGAGAGGGCUGGGAGGUAUUUUUCAGGGGCUAUGACAGCAUGUGAAAAGAAGGGGGAACUUCGGAACUAUCCAUUUCCGCAGAGCGAAGUUGCUUUUCGAAGGAUGUAUAAUGACCUUGAAUGGAGGCUAUCUUGAAUACUUGGGAAAUGGCGAAGUCAUGGCGUGGGCGUGCGCAUGGUGAUCAGAAUGACAAAAAAAAAGGAUAAGCAUAGGCAGCCAGAUCUCUUGGAUUCAAAGCCUUUUCAUAUUGUUUUUCAAAUCUAGAGUUUUGAGGCGCGAUCUGCUGCAAUAUCACACAUCGCCUAUAUUCAUUGAAUUAGCUACAAAAUCAU